GGUUUAAAAUAAAAAAGAAAGCAAAAACAAAACCCCCUUCUCAUUAAAAAAAAACACAUCACUCUCCCCACUCUAUUCAACUCCAUUACAAUGGCUACAUCUGCACUUGGAUUACAGUUUGCUAAGAGAGCUAUGACCUUGUCUGCUCCCAAGACCUUGGCAACUACUUCACAACGCUUUAUGUCAACCGAAGUUGUCAGAAACAUUGAUCAAAUCAAGGAUAUUACAGUGACUCCCAACAACAAAGCAGAAUUCGUUUUGUCUACAGUUGAUCGUGUUGUUAACUGGGCUCGUGAAGGUUCUAUUUGGCCCAUGACUUUUGGUUUGGCCUGUUGUGCUGUUGAAAUGAUGCAUUGUUCUACCCCUCGUUAUGAUCAAGAUCGUAUUGGUAUCGUUUUUCGUGCCACUCCCCGUCAAUCUGAUAUCAUGAUUGUCGCUGGUACUUUGACCAAUAAGAUGGCACCUGCCUUGAGAAAGGUUUAUGAUCAAAUGCCUGAACCUCGUUGGGUUAUCUCUAUGGGUAGUUGUGCUAAUGGUGGUGGUUAUUAUCACUACUCUUACUCAGUUGUCCGUGGUUGUGAUCGUAUUGUUCCUGUUGAUAUUUACGUUCCUGGUUGUCCUCCCACUUCUGAGGCUUUGCUUUACGGUAUUUUCCAACUACAAAAGAAGAUGAGAAGAACCAAGAUCACACAACUUUGGUACAGAAAGUAAAACUAUAUUAAAUAAAGCAAAAAUAACUCCACCUAUCAAAAAAUAAAAAUAGUCUGGCAAUAACUUUAUUUAGUUUACACACUCCAAAGUCAGAUUGUUAUACAUAAACAGAGGUAGCCUAGUUCGAUCUCUUUUUUUUUUCUUUCUUUCUCU